AAGAUGGCGCAUCACAUACCACCAUUAAACUUUGGAAUGGUCACAGAUGACUUGUAUCGAUCAGGUCAACCAAAUGAACUCAACUUCCCAUUUCUUGAGAAGCUACAACUAAAGAAGGUCAUCUUCCUUGCACCAGACGACCCAUCACAACAAUUUGUAAACUUCUGUAAUGAUCAAGAUAUAGAGUUGAUACACUUGGGAAUGGAUACACAUACAAACCCUUGGAACCCUAUAUCAGAGGACAUUGUUAUAUCUGCACUCAAGAUCAUAUUGGAUCCCAACAGCUAUCCCCUGCACGUGAUGUGUAACCUGGGGCGACAUCGUACAGGCACCGUCGUGGGCUGUCUGAGGAAACUACAGCGCUGGAACCUCACCUCCAUUCUGGAAGAGUACCGCCGGUUCGCCGGCAGCAAGGUACGACUGCUGAACGAGCAGUUCAUCGAGCUGUUUGACACAGACCUCGUGGGCAUCCCAGACAAUGCCCCCAAGGCCUUAUACUUAAAUUAA